UCGUGAACAAUUAGCAUUAGCUAACAGUGUUUGAGGAAAUUACCUAGCAAUUUGGUUCCUGCGGAUAUGGUGAAGGAAGCCAUGGUUCAUGUCCAAACGACCACCGGGCAGCAGAAUAACGUAUGAGAUGAUUUCUUUGAAGCGCGAGAGAGAUAAUGAGGAGGAUGACGACGAUCACGAAGACGGGGUUGCUGCCAAAAGAGGCCGAGGACGUGUAGGAGAAGACCGUAGAAGCCGCCACUGUCCUUAUCUUGACACCAUAAACAGGAGUGUGCUGGAUUUUGACUUCGAGAAGCUCUGCUCUAUCUCCCUUUCACACAUCAACGUGUAUGCUUGUCUCGUGUGUGGGAAAUACUUUCAAGGCAGAGGUCAGAAGUCUCAUGCAUAUACCCACAGUGUACAGUUUAGCCAUCACGUGUUCCUCAACCUGCAUACCCUCAAGUUCUACUGUCUGCCAGAUAACUAUGAGAUCAUUGACUCGUCCCUCGAGGACAUUACGUAUGUACUGAAGCCAACUUUCACCAAGCAGCACAUUGCAGCAUUAGACAAGCACGGUAAGCUGUACAGAGCCUACGAUGGAACAACUUACCUGCCAGGCAUUGUGGGGCUCAACAACAUCAAAGCCAACGACUACGCCAACGCGGUGCUACAGGCUUUUUCAAACGUUCCACCUUUGCGAAACUACUUCCUGGAGGAGGAAAACUACAUGGGGAUCCGCAGACCACCGGGGGACAUCAUGUUCCUCCUGGUCCAGAGGUUUGGGGAGCUGAUGCGCAAACUUUGGAAUCCGAGAAACUUUAAGGCGCACGUGUCCCCACACGAGAUGCUGCAGGCUGUCGUGCUGUGCAGCAAGAAAACCUUUCAAAUUACUAAGCAGGGUGAUGCUGUAGACUUCAUGACGUGGUUCUUGAAUGCCCUGCAUGGAGCUCUUGGAGGCACAAAGAAGAAGUCAUCAAUCAUCACAAAAGUUUUUCAAGGCUCCAUGCGAAUCUUCUCCAAGAAACUUCCACACCCAGAUUUGCUACCUGAAGAAAAAGAGGCGCUGCUUCUCACAGAGGAGUACCAGGAGCAGAUGUCAGAGUCCACCUUUCUGUUCCUGACCCUUGACCUCCCGACAGCUCCUCUCUACAAAGAUGAAAAGGAGCAGUUGAUUAUCCCUCAGGUUCCUCUCUUCAACAUCCUCGGUAAAUUCAACGGCAACACUGAAAAGGAGUACAAAACCUACAAAGAGAAUUUCCUCAAACGGUUCCAGCUGACCAAGUUGCCACCUUACCUCAUCUUUUGCAUCAAAAGAUUCACCAAGAACAACUUCUUUGUGGAAAAAAACCCAACAAUUGUCAACUUCCCAAUCACCAACGUAGACCUUUCUGAGUACCUCACAGAGGAAGCUCAAGCUACAGAGAAGAAUACUUCCUAUGACCUUGUUGCAAACAUUGUGCACGAUGGAAAACCAACUGAGGGGUCCUACAGAAUACAUGUCCUGCAUCAUGGGACGGGGAAGUGGUAUGAGAUGCAAGACCUGCAGGUGAUUGACAUUCUCCCCCAGAUGAUCACAUUGUCAGAGGCCUACAUCCAGAUUUGGAAAAGACAAGAGAGCAGCGACACAAACAACCACAGGGGGGUGUAAGUGAGGCACUCGCAGUGUUAGUUUUGUAAUCAUUUUGGGAAUCUGCUAAAUAUUUAAGCGACCGGAGAAGAAAAAAAAAGAAUAAAGUGGCAGAAGAACACGAGGACAUUCUUCGAAGACACGAUGAAAAGAAAUGUUAAAACCUCCGUGUUCCUUUGUACUGUUUUAUGUUUUUACUAUGUGGAUGUUUCUUAAUAAACCAGCUCCAAGAUG